AUGAGUCGACAUGUUGCAAAUGAGUUUCGACUCGAAUUGGAAAACUUAUUACCGAAAAACGAUGACACCAUCACGAAGAAAGAUGGGUCACGUCGUCCGUCAGUUUUCCGUCUGCAAGAAUCGGAUUCAAUGUUUGGAUUUGACAGUAUUCGUUCAUUGAUUCAUCAGUGUUGUCGUGAUGGAGACGUUUCAUUACUUCGAUCAUACUUGAAUAAGUAUCCGGAUUACGUGAACUCACCAGAUAAAGACGAUAUGACUGCACUUCAUUAUGGAACAAGAUACGGAAAUUAUGAAGUAGUGGAGGAAUUACUCAGACGGAAAGCAAUUCCCACAACAAAAAACCUGGAUGGAGACACUCCGUUGCAUAUUGCAUCUAAAUAUAGUCAUGGAUUCACGGAUAUCUGCCAGAUAACAAAUGAAAAAGGUGAAGUUGUGAUGGAUCAAGUGGAUUCAGAGAGGAUACACAACACGUCGACUGAGAAAAUAAUCGCUGCGUUGGUCAACGCAAACGCAGAAAUCGAUUCUCCGAAUGCAUACGGACUGACUCCACUUCAUUAUGCAGCAAUGAAAUCAAACAUUGCCGCAGUGAAGAAAUUGAUUCAAUUGAAAGCAAAUGUAGCAGCAGAAGAUGUAAAUGCAAUGACACCUCUACUAUUGGGAUGUGUUCAUGGAAGUCAAGAAGUGAUUCGAGAAUUGAUAAAUGCAAAUAGUGACGUGACAAAGAGAGAUCUUCGAUUGAAUACAGUAUUUCAUAUUGUGGCACUUCGAGGAGAACCCGAGUAUCUGAAAAUGAUGAUGGAUCAUGAUCCAUCUGCUGCAAUACUUGCAUUGAAUAAAGAGAAUAACGAAGGGAAAACACCUUUGAGAAUGGCCGUCGAAGGAAACCAUCCACAAACAUUGAAGAAGAUUUUGGAAUUGGAAAAAAAGAAUAAACAGAAAUGGAUGAUAAGAGAGAAAGAUUUGAUUCAUUUUGCUGCGGAAAAGGGAUAUCUGGAGAUCAUUGAAGCUCUCGUUGAAGCUGGAGGGAACAAGAAUGAACAGAAUUCGGAGAAGACACUUCCACUCCACGUGGCAGCAAAAACAAACCAAUUGGAAGUUGUGAAAUAUUUAAUGGAUGACAAUAGUCGAGAAGCGACAGACGAUUACGGAAUGACUCCAUUGAUGUUAGCUGUAUCACAUGAUAGUUUGGACUGUGUCGAGUACUUGAUUGAGAAAGGAGCAGACCUUACGGUAGUUGAUAAAGAUGAACGAACUUGCGUUUAUAUUGGAGCAAAGUAUAAUGCUCUCGCUUCUGUUGAAUAUAUUUUAAAAUAUUUGAACCCACCUAAGUCUUCGAAAUCUGAUAUGUCUGAAACGGACUGUCUCCAAAUGUCGAUAGCUUCGAGAAAAUCUCUUCGAAAUAUUAAUGAAAAUGAGAAAAGAACAAUGGUGAAUAUGACUGAUAGGGAUCAAAAUAGUCCAAUGCACAUUGUUGCUUCGAAUGGAUACCUGGAAAUGAUGGAGCUACUCGAGAAACAUGGAGCAACAAUGAUUCAGGUGAAUGAAGAUGAAGAGACUCCAUUACAUCGAGCAGCCCAUUCUGGACAAACGAUUGCAGUGAAGAAAUUGAUUGAAUGGGACAAGAGAUUACUGUUGAUGAAAGAUGAAAUGGGUAACAGUGCAUUGCAUUUGGCAGCUAAGCAAGGACACGAUGCGACAACGUCGUUGUUAUUGAUAUCUGGAGCUGACAAGGAAGCGAAGAAUUCAUACCAACAGACUCCAUUACAAGUGGCUGUUGAGAGUGGACAAUUGGGAACUUGUCAAACUUUAGUAGGAAAAGGAGCACAAAUCGAGAAUCCUAGUGAUACAAAAACUGUUCUUCAUUUAGCUGCCAUCUAUGGACAUGAUACAAUUGCCAGAUAUUUGAUACAACAAGGAGCAACUGUCGAUAGAAGAGAUGAAAAGGGAAGAACUGCACUUGAUUUGGCAUGUGAUAAUGGGAAGAAAGAAGUUGCUCGAGUACUUUUAGACACUUAUGAAUGGAGGAAUUUGAUGAUUCCACAUGAUGUGAUACCACUGGAUAAGCAUAGAGAACCAGUUAUGAUGGAGAGAACUACUCCGUUCCGGACUCUCUUGAAAAAGUUUCCUGAUUUGGCAUCAUUGGUUAUGGAUAAGUGUGUUGAAAGAAGUAAAGAAGAUGAUGAUUUGACUCUCUGCAUUGCAUAUGAUUUCUCUUACAUUGAUGAUACUUACAUGUCAAGAGUUGCGAAUGAAGACGGAGAAGGAGAACAAUUGAUUGGAUACAAGUGUCCGUAUGAUGAAGAUAAUUUUAAACUUAUCAAAGAUGCUCAAGCAUAUUCAUCAAAUUAUGACAGAAUUUACAAGAAUCAUCCAUUGAAAUUGAUGGCAAACGCAGAGAAACUCUCACUUCUAUCUCAUCCAUUAUCAAUGGCUCUUUUGAAAUAUAAAUGGAAUCGAUUGGGAAGAGUCAUGUAUUAUUCUGCUCUGACUAUUUAUCUGAUUUUCGUUAUUAGUCUCACUGAAUUCGUCCGUCAUACGAAAGCUCCAUACAACGUGGCAAAUGGAGAGACGUAUUACGAUAGCUCAUUUUUUGAGGAGAACGAGACAUGUCCACAGAUUCAAAUUGUGAAACCUGCUUUCAUCUGGAAAAGAAUAAUUCAAAUACUUGCAAUUUGUCAAAUCGGAAUUGAGGUUUUUCAACUUUACCAACGGAAGUUUGCAUAUUUGACCAAUUGGGAGAACUGGAUUGAUUGUUUUAUCUAUUCAACUGCUCUUCUUACGGUUUAUGAUUUCACUGAAUGUUCAUCAACAUCUGGAGUUCGAUUAAAUUGGCAAUGGCUUCUAGCUGCUCUUUGUAUCUUCUUCGGAUGGAUUAAUUUAUUAUUCAUGGUAAGAAAAAUGCCAAGAUUCGGAAUAUUCGUGGUAAUGUUCGUGGAUAUUGUCAAAACAUUCUUCCGAUUCUUCCCAGUUUUUGUCCUUUUCAUCAUUGCAUUCUCCUCGUCUUUCUAUGUCAUCCUUCAGAAUCGACCAGAAUUCUCAACGAUAUUCCUUUCACCUCUCAAAACAACUGUGAUGAUGAUUGGAGAAUUUGAAUUCACUGGAGUAUUUCAUGGAGAUGAAACAUUACAUUCCGAGAAAAUGUUCGGACCAGCUCAUAAUGCAGUUGCUUGUGCAUUAUUCUUCUUUUUCUGUAUAAUCAUGACAAUUCUUUUGAUGAAUCUCCUCGUUGGUUUGGCAGUCGAUGAUAUCAAAGGAGUCCAAGAGAAGGCUGAAUUGAAGCGAUUAGCAAUGCAAGUGGAUCUCGUUUUGCAGAUUGAAGCGUCUAUUCAUAUAUUUAUAACUCGAAUGAAGAAGUAUCCAACUAAUCGAUAUGCAACAUUCCCUGCUGGAAAAUUACAUAAGAGUGGAUUGGCUGCGUGGUGGACGAAUUUCAGAAAAAGGUUCGGGUUGAAUGCAAGCAGUGAUUCUGAUAUGGAUAUGCAGAUUGAAUAUGAAAAUGAAAUCACAACAGAACUAAGAUCAACUCUGAAAAUGCAGUUCAACCAACUGGAAAAUCUACAACAGAAUAUUGAUGUAAUGUAUGAAAAACAAAUUCGUCUUGAAGCUUUAAUUCUAAAUCUUGCAAAAGAAUUGAAAAUUAAAAAUAUUAAUGUUGAAGACGUGGAUCAUUGA